AUGACCGAAACUAGAGUUGGUGGUAAGCCAUUUACAAUUGUGAUCAAGCUUGGUACGUCUUCUUUGGUUGAUGAGAAGACCAAAGAACCAAGGCUAGCUAUCAUGUCCUUGAUUGUGGAAACUGUUGUCAAAUUACGUAGGUUAGGCCAUAAUGUUGUAAUCGUUUCUAGUGGUAGUAUAGGUGUUGGGCUGCACAUUUUGGGUAUGGAGAAGAGGCCUAAACAUCUGUCAGAAGUCCAAGCAAUUGCGGCCAUUGGUCAAAGCAAACUGAUUGGUAGAUGGGACUCCUUGUUUGCUCAUUUUGGGCAAUCUAUUGCUCAAAUUCUUCUAACGAGAAAUGACAUUCUAGACUGGUCUCAAUACCGAAACGCUCAAAAUACUGUGGAAGAGCUUUUAAAGAUGGGUGUAGUUCCAAUUAUCAAUGAAAAUGAUACAUUAUCUGUUCAAGAGAUUAAGUUUGGUGAUAACGAUACUCUUUCAGCUAUUACAGCAGGGUUGAUACAUGCUGAUUAUUUAUUCCUAUUAACUGACGUGGACUGCUUGUACACCGCUGAUCCAAGAAGUGAUCCUGAUGCUAAACCAAUUUUAAUUGUUCCAGACCUGUCCAAAGGUCUACCAGGUGUUGAUACAUCAUCGGGUUCUGGGUCUGACGUUGGUACGGGUGGUAUGCAGACAAAGUUAGUCGCUGCUGAGCUUGCAACCAACGCUGGUGUUCAUACAAUCAUAAUGAAAAGUGAUGCUCCUUCCAAUAUUUACAAGAUUGUGAAAUAUAUACAAUCAUUGCAUGACACUGGUGAAGAUAACAAAGUAUUUGAAGGUGAUUUAAUGAAACUUCAGCUUGAAGAGUAUGAAAAGCUUGACAGAAUGGGCGUUCCCUUUCACACUAAGUUUUUGGCCAAUAGUAUAUCGCGCCACUUAAGAAAUAAAGAAUUUUGGAUUUUGCAUGGUUUAGUUACUUCUGGGGCAGUGAUUAUUGAUGAAGGUGCCUACAAGGCUUUGACAAGAAAGAACAAAGCCGGUUUGUUACCCGUCGGUGUCAUUGAAAUUGAAGGAUCCUUCCAUGAAAUGGAGUGUGUUGACUUAAAGGUUGGUAAACGUUUGCCAAAUGGAGAAUUGGAUCCUGAUUACCCACUAACAAUUGUUGGAAGGGCCAGAUGUAAUUAUCCAUCAUUAGAAAUUAGCAAAAUCAAAGGGCAACAAAGUGAUGAGAUCGAGAACGAAUUAGGUUACUGCAACUCCGAAUAUAUCGCUCAUAGAGAGAAUAUGGCAUUCCCACCACAUUAA